AUGGCAGAAAAAAGCAAAAAGGACAAAGCGAGGGCGAAACAAACAGCGCCACAAACCCCUGAAGAGCACUACAUAGACGAAUCCCUUAAGGAACAGAAGCCGGUAAAGAAAAAGUCGGAGCAGCCCAAGGAUGACGUGGGCACGAGGAAGGGGUGUCGCCGCUACAGGUGGGAAUUAAAGGACAGCAAUAAAGAGUUCUGGGUUAUGGGGCACGCCGAGGUCAAGAUCCUGAGCUUGGGCUGCCUAACUGCUGCUAUGGUCAUGUUCACGGGGACUGCCGUGCACCCCAUCCUGACACUCAUCAUCACCAUGGAGAUCUCCAUCUUCAGCUUCUUCUUCUUUGUCCAUACCUUCGCUGUCCAGAGAUACAUGCCCUUCAUCCUGUGGCCCAUUUCUGAACUUCUCAACGACCUGUUCUCCACCAUCUUCCUGGCGGGGGCCGUGUUCUUCGCUGUGAAAAGUCGAAAAACCAUGCCGAUGAACUACUUUAUUGCUGUGAUCCUUAUUAGUUUGGCUGGAUUUUUUGCUCUCAUUGAUAUAUGUCUUCAAAGAAAUCACUUCAGAGGCAAGAGGAUCAAAAAGAAUGUGCUGGUUCCUCCAGAAAAACAGCAGCCAGCAAAGGAUGCAGAAGCUGCAAAGCCAAAGGAAAAACCAACAACACAUCCAGAACUGUGA